AUGGCCAAGAAGUCGUCGUCCGCCCCCGCCGUGCUCAAGCAGGUGCACCCCGACACCGGCAUGUCCCGCCGCGCUAUGUCGAUCAUGAACUCGUUCGUCAACGACACCUUUGAGAAGAUCGCCCUCGAGGCCUCGCGCCUUGCCAAGUUCUCGGGCAAGCAGACCAUCACCUCCCGCGAAAUCCAGACCGCUGCCCGUCUCAUCCUCCCCGGUGAGCUCGCCAAGCACGCCGUGUCCGAGGGCACCAAGGCCGUCACCAAGUACACCACCUCGACUGCCUAA